AUGCGCUGGAACAUCGACCUCUCAGCCAUCACGCCGGGUCCAGGCGGCACCGUCAUGCUCGGCGAGGGGGGUAUUGACGCUGCUGCAAGACGGUAUCGCGAGCGUAUUAGAAAGCAGCAGGAGGAGGCGGACGCACUGGCUAAGUUGAAGGAUGGCGAGGUAAAGAAGGGUGAUGAUGCUGCGUCUGAAGUGACGCUGACGCAGGAGGGAGAUGCAGAUGGAGAUGGAGAUGCUAAGCGGGAUGAUCGGGGGGGAGUGGGGACGGAUGGUUCUUUGACGCUGACGGUACUCGUCAUGACAGCGAAUAGAAGAUCUCCGUCCCAGUCGCCCUGGUUGAAGGAAGUGCUGCCGCAGUUGAAAGGCCCUUCGCCGUAUCAGAUGCACUCGCGCUCUCGCCAGACGGAGCCGUCCUGA